UGAUAAAGAAAACGCCACCUGAAGAAAUAGAAAGUUUGAUUGUGAAUAACCAAAAAGAAAUAAAUGGAUUUGGUAAAUGUUCUACACAUGAAUCCAGCAAAGAGCGCAUGUAGCUAUGCCAACAGCUCCAUCCUUCAGAAAAAUUUGAUGUUGCAAUCUAGAGAAGUUUUAGAAGACACCAUCAAGAACUAUGGCACCUACGGGUUCUCGGAAUGCUUUAAGCUAGCUGACUUGGGAUGCUCUUCUGGACCUAACUCCUUGUUGUUCGUAACAAAUAUCGUGGACAUUGUCCAUGCAGUAUGCCAGAAGAAAAAUUGGAAAACACCUGAUGAGUUUCAAGUGUUUCUAAAUGAUCUUCCGAAUAAUGAUUUUAAUGCACUUUUUAAAAUGGUGCUUGAAAAUGAGAAAGGUCUUGAAAAAAAUGUAAAUUGUUUUAUAUCAGGAGUAGCAGGUUCUUUUUACACAAGACUGUUUCCAAGUAAAAGCCUUCAUUUUGUUCAUUCUUCAAGUAGUGUGCACUGGCUCUCCCAGGUUCCUGCGAAUUUGCUGGAUUAUAACAAAGGGAAUAUCCACAUGGCAAAAUCGAGCCCACGACGUGUUUAUGAAGCAUACUUUUCCCAAUUUGAAAAGGACUUCACAACAUUUUUGCGUAUGAGAUCUGAAGAAGUGAUUCCUAAUGGCCGGAUGGUACUGUCACUCGUCGGAAGGAGCAGUGCAGAUCAUACCAUGAAAGACAGUUGUUAUAUGUACGGAUUACUAGGGAAAUCACUUCUGGAGAUGUCUGCUGAGGGUAUACUUCAUGAGGAAGACAUUACUUCAUUCAAUCUACCUCUUUAUACCACAUGCAUCGAUGAGUUGGAGGCAAUAAUUGGAUCUGAGGAUUCGUUUAGUCUUGAUAGAUUGGAAACAUCUGAAGUUAAUUGGGACAUUCGUGAAGAAGAUGAAAUCUUAAAGUCUGGGGAGAGCAGUGGUAAGUUUAUAGCAAAGACAAUUCGAGCGGUGACAGAGUCGAUGCUUGCCAGUCAUUUUGGUGAUGUCUUCAUUGACGAGAUAUUUGAGAGGUUUGCGCUGCUCGUGGCUGAGCAUCUCUCAAGGGUGAAAACUGACAACUUAUUUAAUAUUGUUGUCUCCUUAAUCAGGAAAUGAGAAGUUCUGGUUAUCUGGUAUUGUUUUAUUUCUAAUAUCAAGUAUUUUCGUUUAAUUUAUUUACUUCAUUCAAAUAUCAUAGUUAUACAAGAUGUAUGUAAAAUUUUAGCUGUAAUAAUAUAUAUUCAUGACAAA